AUGGUUAGUUUAGACUAAAUUUAAAAGGAAAUGAAUCCCAUAAGACAGCCAGACAGAUCCUAAAUCUCGACGACGGAGCUGUCUGGAGAGAGAGAGGAGGAAGCAAAGUAACUAGCUAGUUCCAAGAUCGGAGCUUUGAAAAUUCUGAAUCGUCUCCACAUCUGAGAACCAGUUAUAGGCUUCAGUUACCUCCAAUGGAACCUGUUACAUGGCCAAACGGUGGGACUCUCACGAACGAGUGGGUCCACGGCCUCAUGUCAUCUUUCGAAUGGUCUUCAUGGAACCUCCCUCCUUCUCAGUUACCUUCGGUGAUGCCUGUUAGCGUCUUUGACUCCCUCAUCCUCACCGCUUCCAAAAUCCUCCACAAAGAACGUAACAUUGUCCAUGUCGAUGAUCUUGACUCCGAUUCCAAAGUUGUUGUCGUUGGUGACGUUCAUGGUCAGCUCCAUGACCUUCUCUUCUUGUUAAAAGACGCUGGCUUUCCGUCUCAAAACCAGUUUUACGUCUUCAACGGGGACUAUGUUGAUCGUGGUGCUUGGGGUCUCGAGACUUUCCUCGUCCUCUUGUCCUGGAAGGUUCUGAUGCCUGACAGAGUCUUCCUUCUCCGUGGCAACCAUGAAUCAAAAUACUGCACAUCUAUGUACGGUUUCGAAAAAGAAGUGCUUACAAAAUACGGAGACAAGGGAAAGCAUGUGUACCGCAAAUGUUUGGGCUGCUUCGAAGCUCUUCCUUUGGCUUCCAUCAUUGCAGGACGUGUUUACACAGCACACGGAGGCCUUUUCCGCAGCCCGGUGUUGCCUAAGAGAACAAGAGGUAAAAAGAACCGCAAGGUGCGUCUUCUAGAGCCUGAAACGAGCUCGUUGAAACUCGGUACUUUAGAAGAUUUGAUGCAAGCUAGAAGAUCAGUUCUUGAUCCUCCUUGGGAAGGCUCCAACUUGAUCCCCGGAGAUGUUCUGUGGUCUGAUCCUUCAAUGAGUCCUGGCCUUUCGCCGAAUGAACAGAGAGGCAUUGGUCUUCUUUGGGGUCCUGAUUGUACAGAGGAGUUCUUGAAGAAGUACGAACUGAAGUUAAUCAUCAGAUCACAUGAAGGUCCAGAUGCUAGAGAGAAGAGAGACGGCCUAGGUGGAAUGGACAUAGGAUAUACAAUAGAUCACAGUGUUGAAUCUGGAAAGCUUAUCACUAUCUUCAGUGCUCCAGACUAUCCACAGUUCCAGGCAACGGAAGAGAGGUAUAGAAACAAAGGAGCUUAUAUUAUACUGCAGGCUCCUGACCUCGCUGAUCCUCAGUUUAGAAGUUUUGAAGCAGUUACUCCACGACCAAAGGCGAAUCCGUUUUAUGACUUUGAAAACGUGAUUGAUUCUGAUGAUGAGAUGGAUAAGUCUGCAUUGGACACCAACGAGGAACAAGCAAGUCACUGACGCUGAGAUCGUGAAUAUAGCUGAAAAGGAGAGAAUCUUGGAAUGGAAGUUUUUUACAGUUUUUUUUUAUGAUUGAUUUUACAAAAAAAAAAAGGAACCAAGUGUAAAUCAGUUCUGAUUAAAGUUGACACAUUUGGAUAAUUAUUAUUUGAUUAUGGAUUUAAUACUUCAGGACA